AUGGACAGCGAUUACAAAGCUCGAAAAGAGGCCUUCGUCUCAAAUCUUGCGGGAAGCGAUAUCCUGGAUAUCAACCUGGUCACACUUGUCGCACCGGCCUCCGUUCUUCUCUGGUCCGCUCUCCAAUCGCGCUUGUCCUACUUCUCCCCAUACGGUCCUGCCGCAUUGUUAACCGAUUUCCUGCUCAACGUACUGGCCAUUUUGUUCGCGACUACUGCCUAUUCCUCUGCACCACUUCUAUUGAACAUCUUCCUCAUUACACCGGCCGUUCUAUUAUUCCUCACCCAGCCACCAGUGCGCUCCCCGCAGAAGGCCAAACCGCCCCGCAAACAAAAUGACAACAAGGUCAGCGCACAGGAUGAGACGGAGUCGUUGCCGGUACACCCUUUCUUGACAACAUACCGAGCGUCCAUGAUGAUCGUGACAUGUGUCGCAAUCCUUGCGGUCGAUUUUCGAGCUUUCCCCCGCCGCUUCGCGAAAGUCGAGAACUGGGGUACCUCGUUGAUGGAUUUAGGCGUGGGCUCAUUUGUCUUUUCCGCUGGCGUGGUGUCUGCGCGCGCAGUCCUGAAGAACCGAGCUUCCAAAUCACCCAAGGCGACUUUUCUCACAAGACUUGCAGGCUCUGUGCGGCACGCUGUCCCGCUGCUCGUGUUGGGUUUGAUCCGGCUGUGGAGUGUCAAAGGGCUGGACUAUGCCGAGCACGUCACUGAAUACGGCGUGCAUUGGAACUUUUUCUUCACUCUAGGCCUAUUGCCGCCAUUCGUGGAAAUCUUUGAUACCUUGACUGUCUUGAUCCCUUCUUAUGAAGCACUGGCUCUCGGCAUCAUGGUACUGUACCAAGUGGCUCUUGAGUCAACGGAGCUCAAGAGCUAUAUUUUGAUCUCUCCCCGCGGCUCUGAUCUACUAUCCAAGAAUCGCGAAGGUAUUUUCUCAUUCCUGGGAUAUUUGGCCAUUUUCCUUGCCGGUCGGGGCUCAGGAACCCGUAUCAUUCCUCGUGGGACUUCUGCAUCCAAAUCCUCCCAGCAGGCGAGAAAGUCAGUUCUGGUCAGUCUUGGCCUCCAGUUGAUGUUCUGGUCAACCCUCUUCUUCUUCAACUCUUACUACGCAUUCGGCUAUGGUGCCAAUAUUUUGGUAUCGCGCCGUCUCGCAAAUAUGCCAUAUGUGCUGUGGGUUGCAGCUUUCAAUUGUGGACAACUUCUUUUGUUUUGUUUGAUUGAAACUGUCUUCUUCCCGACCGUUCACCGGUCAUCCGGCAAGGGAGGCGAGGAAGAACGAACAUCAUUUGCCACUAGUCGCAUCUUGCAUGCGUUUAAUCGUGGAGGUCUGGCUGUCUUCUUGAUCGCCAAUCUCUUGACCGGUGUGGUCAACCUGACUAUCCCCACUUUGGACAUCAACACGCCGCAAGCGAUGGUCAUCUUGGUCAUUUACACGGCAAUCCUGACUGCUGUUGCGCUGGGAAUGGAUAAGGCGAAUAUUAAGCUGCGCCUGUAA